CUCGCUUGGGGGCGCUUAAGGCACGUUUUGUUCCCAUGUCUGACAAAAUCGCUCACCUCUGACUCUGGUACCCAUUUAUAUGUCUGUACAGUACGAAAAGAGCGCUGAAUAAAACCUUAACAUGUUUAGAACAUGUAUGUGUAAGUAAAUGUCUUAAAUUCUGCCUUGCUUUUUACACUUACUUUGAUUAUUUCGAGUCAACUGUAACUAUAACUUUUUAUAUUAGGAAAAACAUUAAGAUUUCAAACGUUCUAAAUAUAAAUGAUAGUUUUUUUGUUUGUUUGUUUGUUUGUUUUACCUGAAAAGCUUACAUUUUACAACGAUUCCAAGAAAUAUGCAGCACGAAAUAAAAACAUGUUAUAUUAAAAUGUGAGGUUUUCUCAGUCAGGUGCACGCUGACGUCAUCAUGGCGCAAGAAAGUAAAGGAGGAGUGUGAGCGUAUGUUAUUGAGCAAUAAAAUAAAAAAAGGAGUGUGAGCGUAGGUGACAUCUCCUUUCCUCUACAGUCCACUUUAUCUCAGUCAGCUGUGGGAAAUGCGUGACAGAAGUAAAUUAAUUCCUCUUGAAAUGCAGCAGUUUGCUUAUGAGAGGAAGUAGACUCAAACCUCCUCCACAGACUGCUGAUUCUGUUAAGCGUAGGAUGGGACUGACUUUGACCGACAAAUACAACUCGAUACUUUUCACACUGGAAUUGGUUUCAUUGUUACAGGCAGCGUGUGCUGGAGGAACAUGUGAAAACGUAUUUAAAGGUUUCUCAGACUGCCUGCUCAGCCUUGGAGAAAACAUGGUGAACUAUCCCCAAGAGCUGGAUGACAGCGAAAACCUACAGACCAUCUGCUCAUAUUGGAAUGACUUCCACUCGUGUGCCUCCACCGCAAUCGCAGAUUGUCAAGAAGGAGCUACAGACCUCUGGGAAAAACUGAAACUGCAGUCCCGGAGCUUGAACUAUCAGGGAAGCUUGUUUGAAUUAUGCUCCGGGGAUAAUGGAGUAUCCACAGUUUUAUUACCUAUGGAACUGAAGAUACUGCUGAUGUGUUUUACCACACUGGUGGCUUGGCUUGUUUUUGAGUAAUAAACCUGAAGAUCUGACCUGAAACAAGUUACAGAAUGGAUAAUAUGCAUCUCUUCAACUGACUCAGUACAUGUUUGGAAUCACAUAAUAAGAUGAUUAUGUUAAAUAUAGGACUCAUUGGCACUCCUUGACCUAUGGAAGAAUUCAGAAGUAACUCUCUUAAAAAUCUGAAAAUGAUUCAAAGUAAAAAUGUGAAUUAUAUUAUAUUAUAAAAUAUUAUUUUAAAAGACAUUUUUUCUUCUUGGACCGUUAUUAGGUAAAAAUAGUGCAUUCUGCAAUGAGGACCAAUAAUUAGAAUAAUAAUUAUUAUUAUUAUUUAAAGCACACCUAAAAUACAUAUUAUUUUCUGAAAAGCACAUAUUUAACAUCACAGACUUGUUUCUUCAUAGAAGAGUCUGCCCAAACAAAAUUAACUUAAUAAACUGAUUAUUUCAAUACAGUAUAGGAUAAUGGCAUUUGCUUGUAAAUGUUUACUUAUAAAUUAUAAAUGCAUUUGGCCAAAUUUUAGAAGUGUCUAAU